CUGUAAUGCCACUAUGCUCCGGAGACUCUAGAAUACCUUGGACCAUCAAACUCCCUGUCCUGCGUUGUUCUCCUCAUGGCAGCAGCGACUUUUUGAAUAACUUUGCAUUCUUUCUGCUCACGCUCCUAUCCAAGAGUCUGCGGGUCUGUUGUACAACGCGAACUUACCAGCAAGAGAGCAAUUGGUGAAGACAAUCACGAAAGGCAAGUGAAGUGAUGGGUAUCUCGGAACAUCGAAGUUCUCCGUCUUUCAUCCUCGCCAUUAUAACACUUAGUCCGUGCCUAUUGGGGAACCGACUGUCUCCGGUUUGGACGGGCCGUCCUGGAGAGAACCUAUCGAUUCGUAUAGCACUAUUAUUCGCCCACAGUUGGUGUCAUUACGAAGAACUGGAGAUCUGCCCUCGAAUGGUCGAAACGGAGGUUGGUUUGACGAGGCCAAUCAUUAUUUGACCAUUAGAUGAAGCCAUCAAUCUGCGGUGGACAUCACAUUGAGAACCCUUGAUCGUGUUAGUAGGUGGUCACCGCGUAGUAUAGACA